UUCCCGGACCUAAACCGAAACAUAUGCUUCGUAAAAAUAGUUAUUUUAUGACGAUGUGAUAGAAAAAUGGGGAACCAGUUUAAAAACGUGGCUAUCAUAGCUUGCCUAAAAACAUUACUUUUUGUUUUUAACAUAUUUUUUUGGUUGACGGGACUUCUCAUCUUAGUUGUGGGGCUGUGGGCGGAAUUCGAUCUGUACAAGUACAUGGAACUGUCCGCUGACUUCUCUGGAACAGCACCCCAUGUAAUCAUCGGCAUCGCAGGCCUGAUUGUACUCAUCAGUUCGAUUGCGUUCUCAUGUAUCAUCAAGGGGCAACCUGUGCUGCUUUACAUCUAUGGUGGAUUCUUGGUGUGCAUCUUCAUGAUGGACGCUGGAGUCGGAGCAUCCGUGGUUUGCUACCGGGACUCAUUCGCAAAGGGCUUGCACGACGGACUCUCGCAAACGAUUUCCACAUACGAUCCUAACAAGGCUAACUUCGAUUUCGCCCAAUCUAAGUUACAUUGCUGCGGUGUUUCUAACUACACGGACUGGAUCCGACUAUCUCCUCAACGAGUGAUUCCCAUCUCGUGUUGUCUUGAUACGAACCGCUGCGUUACAGCCAACUACAACGAUGUUUACCAAAGGGGAUGUUACGAAGUUAUCACCGAGUAUCUCACGAACAACAUGAAUAUACUCAUCGGUGUCGCGAUUGGGACCGCUAUGCUACCACUGAUAGGGGCACUACUAUCAUGUUCCCUCGCUAGAUACAUCGUGAAAUCGAAAUAUGACGUCAUAACUUGAAACAACGGAAAAACUAAUAAUCAACAUGAACGCUAUUAUACUUUUGACUGAGUAGUUAUUUAAUAUUUGUCUACUUAUAUUCUAAAUGUUAUAAAAAUUAUCAUAAUAUUAUAAUUUCAGAAGAAUAUCCAUGUUAAAUUAGCGAUUGUUAUUAAAACCCUAAAUUUUAACCUUCUCAAAAAAGAUGUACCUACCCUAUAACUCAAUGUACUCAACUUUAUCCUUAUAAAAGUUAUUUCUCUAUUUAAUAAAAUAAAAAAUGUGGUCAUUUAA